AUGCCGAACCGCCACCAUACAGACGACGAUGCGCAAUUGGCGGCCAUGGGCCACAAGGCCGAGUUGCAGCGGAACUACUCUAUGCUGUCGAUGUUGGGUCUCGCUUUUGCGAUUUUGAAUUCAUGGACCGCGUUGUCGGCUAGUAUGUCGCUAAGUCUGCCGUCCGGGGGCAGUACGAGUGUUGUCUGGGGUCUGAUUACGGCCGGUAUCUGCAAUCUGUGUAUCGCUGCAUCGCUCGCCGAGUUUUUGUCCAUGUAUCCUACUGCUGGAGGUCAAUAUCAUUGGGUUGCUGUUUCAUGGCCGAACUGGGUCCCCGUCUUGUCUUGGAUUACGGGCUGGAUCAACGUGGCCGGUUGGGUUGCGCUCGUCGCUACGGCUGGUCUUUUGGCGAGUCAACUCAUUCUCGGAGUUAUCUCUUUGAUGAAUCCGGACUAUGUCUCUGAACGAUGGCAUCAAUUCCUCAUUUAUAUCGGCUACAACAUUGCCGCAUUUCUUAUCAAUGCGUUCAUGAACUCGGCUCUUCCUUUGGUGACGCGCGCUGCGUUCAUUUGGUCUAUCGUGGGCUUCGUUAUCGUCUCGAUCACGGUGUUGGCUUGUUCGUCGCCGAACUAUAACUCUGGAGACUUCGUAUUUCGUGAGUUUUUGAAUGAGACUGGCUGGCCGGAUGGUAUUGCAUGGUUACUCGGAUUGUUACAAGGUGGACUUGGUGUUACCGGAUAUGACGCAGUUGCUCACAUGAUCGAAGAAAUCCCUAACGCCGCCAUCGAAGGCCCCAAGAUCAUGAUCUACUGCGUCUGCAUCGGCACAUUCACCGGCGCAAUCUUCCUCAUCGUCCUCCUCUUCGUGCCUGGCAACAUCGACGAUAUAAUUUCCUCCUCGGCCGGUCCUUUACUCCAAAUCCUCGAUAAUGCAACCAAGAAUCAUGCCGGUGCUAUCUGUCUUUUGGUGAUCCCACUGGUCUGCCUCCUCUUCGCAGCCAUCACCAUCAUGACUACAUCCAGUCGCAUGGUAUACGCCUUCGCGCGCGACGGCGGGUUGCCGGCAUCUCGCUUCUUUGCGCGUGUCCAUAAGAGGUUGAAUGUGCCGCUGAAUGCAUUGUAUUUGACUACAGCUCUGGUUAUUAUCUUUGGUUUGAUAUUCCUCGGAUCUUCUAGUGCGUUCAAUGCGAUCAUAUCUGCCUCCGUCGUGGCUCUUGAUGUUUCAUACGGCAUGCCCAUCAUGAUCAAUGUUAUGCGUGGUCGGAGGAUGAUCAAAGAUAGUCCAUGGAAGAUGCCCGAGCCUCUUGCAUGGACUGCCAAUAUUAUAUCACUCGUUUACAUCAUCCUCACAACAGUCCUCUUCCUCUUCCCACCUGACCUUCCAGUCACACCUAGCAACAUGAACUACUGCGUCGUUGCCUUCGGCAUCGUACUAAUCAUUUCCCUGUUCCAAUGGAUAGUCGACGGAAGGAAGAAUUUCCACGGACCACGGAUUGAUAUCGAUGAGUUGACUCAGGGAGUUGCUAUUGGGCAAGCGCCGCUUGAGCAGGAGGAUUCUAGUGAAGAGACAAGGGAGAAGAAGACUGCUUUGAAUUAA